AACUUCCUGUUUCCUCUGUGAUGAGCAGUCGCCGGUGCGUUUAGUUCUUCAACACCCCAAACCCUUUUUUACUGGGUAACAUCAUCAUCAUCAUCAUCAUCAUCAUGCUUUCGUGCGUCCUCCAAUGUCUGUGCCGGUUCCUCUGCGCUUCUGGUACACAGCACACUUCCGAGUAAUCAUACCCUUGCUGUCACUUGUAAAAAAAUAGCCGAAUAGAAAUUUGUAAACCGGGUCCAUGAUCCAGCAACCUUGUUUCUGGCAGAAUGUAUUAGGGUAUGUCCUCACUUGGAAGGUGAUCGCGACAAGAGAACAUUCCCCAGAACAUCACGCUUUUUCGGUUUCGAGGUAGACUUGGAGCUUCCCCGUUCUGCUUACUAUUUUUCGUUGCAAGAAUAAACUGUUUAAUAUCAGCUAGUGCAAAUACACAAUGUGGACUGGAUGUGGAAACACGUCGGAUUCGGCGUGUCGCAGCCGGCGCCAGUUGGUUGCCGUCCUGCUGGCCGUCGGAAUAUCGUGCAGCUCCGCGUUUACGGCAGUUCCCGUCGCAUCCUCCUCGUCCGUCGACCAGAAGAGGUUUCUGCAGUCUGCGGACGAAACCACAACCAACAGCACAAUCACGAACAGCGUUGCACAAUCCCCCGUCGUGGGCAGCAGCCGCGUGUCCGUGUUUGACGCGAAACAGCUCCCGCAGUACGCCUGCUACAAGGUGCCGUACCUGUUCCACACCCGGAGCGGGCACCUGCUCGCCUUCGCGGAAGCACGCGGCCCGGUGGGGAACCCGCGGUCGCUCGGCAACUGCAUGGACUGGGACGUGACGGACGUGGUGAUGCGGCGCUCGACCGACCAGGGCGAAACCUGGGGCCCGCUGGUCACGCUGCUCGAAGGACUCCGCGACUGGCACCAGGUGGUGGGCAAUCUCGCGCCGGUGCAAGACCUGCGCACGGGCCAGCUGCUGCUGCCGUUCUGCCGGGGGAAUGUGGAAAUGUGGAUCACGCGGUCGUACGACGAGGGGCUCAGUUGGACCGAGCCGACGCGCCUGGAGCCGCUGGUCGCGCGGGAUCACGCCGCGCCGAACUUCUUUUGGUGGACCUGGGUGGGUUUCGGGCCGCCGAGCGGGCUUCAGCUGCAGCACAAUUCGAAGUUCGCGCACCGCAUUUUGCUGCCGGGGUAUUUUAGCGACAGUCCGAUUUUCGACCUGACCGGCGUGCACUUCAGUCGUGCGUUCGUGCUGUACUCCGACGACAACGGAGCCUCCUUCCAGCUGUCUGUCGUGCCAAAUGGCGUUUUCGGUCUGCUGCUGGGCAAAGCGGGCAACGAGUGCGAAGCGACCGAGCUGGCGGACGGUCGGGUGCUGCUUUCGGUGCGCACGGUCUUUGCCCACCGCGCCCACGCCUACAGCUCCGACGGCGGCGCGACGUGGUCACCGCUCGAGUGGGUCCCGGCCCUGCCCAGUCCGCUGCACGGCUGCCAGGGCAGCGUGGUGUUGAACCAACCACCCGAAGCGCUGAUGAACGACCAGGACCGGACCUCGCACGCGCCCGCGGAAGUUUACUACUCGGGCAUCGCGAGCCGGUUGGGUCGGCACGACCUCACACUGUGGCGGAGCGCGGAUGGAGGACAGGGAAAAUUGUGGAUCAGUAGCGCCUUACCAAAGAGCCUGAACAAGGGCCCAUCGGGCUACUCGUCCCUCGUGCGCACGUUUAGUGGGGACAUCGGGGUUUUGUACGAGGCCGCGGAUGUUGAAAAUUCGGGAACUGUUUUUGUGCCGGACCACUGCUGGUUUCAGUUGCUGUACUUACCGGACGUGCUGCCGACCAAUGUCACGCGCCUGCAACAAGCGUACGGCUAUCAAGUUGGAGCGGGGACGAGCAACAGCAGCGGUAACGAUUAUCCGUUGCCCUCUGCACUACACUCCUCGACGCACCUGUUCCACGGCAGCGAUGAUCCGGCGCGACGGGCCUUGCCAGCUGCAUCGUCCGCCCCAUUUCUGUUCUCGGGACUAUGGUGGCUGAUUCUCCUCGUCGACUACGUCGUGUUGGUGUUGGGAGCCUUUGCCGUCACGCGCACGCCCGAAAGCUGUUGCUGCUGCCUCCCGUGCUGCACCUGUGUGAGUUUAUCCUGCGCACGAUCGUCGAAGACGAAGCCGGACCUUGUACAGCCCGGCAUAAUUGUUGCGACAGGAUACGCGACCUCGAAGGAGGACACCGCGGCAUGCGGCGGUGACAAAACCAUGUCUGGUCCCCCGCCGCCAACUGCUGCAUUCCAAACACAAGAGCCAGAGCAGCAGCUGGAUUCCAGCAGUACAAGGACUUCGUCGUCCAACGCAAUCAGCUCCCCUGCCGGCGGGGCGAAAGGAGACGAGGACGAGAAUCGCACCAAUCGAAGACAUCAGCUGCUACAAAACCAUUCAAAUUCUUGGUACCAAUUUGGGUGCACGGUUUUGUGGAGCGUGGGUUUUACCUCUUUCUUCUCCUUCUGGUACACCGGCGUGCUGUUGAGCGUGCUCUUUUUUCACGAUGACCCCGGCCGGUGGAUUCAGCAAAGCGUCGGAAGCCAACUUGGGGUCUUGCUUGCGAUCGUCUCAUGUGUGCUUGACUUCUGUGGCUACUACAGUCUUUUCGCAGUUUGGACGGCGGAAAAACUGAAGCUCUUCACAUCUACGGAAGAAUCGCGUGCUGCGGAGAAUAAACCAGCGCAGGCGGAAACCGUAAGUUGGCGCGAGUUUUUUCCCUUUCUUCACCACGAAAUAAAUACCGACACGACCACAGCAGGCGUUGGUCAAUCGAGCCGACUGCAGCAGCGGAUGAUCGUCAUUGCCGAAAUCACGGCCCUUGCGGUGCUCUGCGUUGUCUUCGCGGAGUACAUGGCGGCCUUGCUGCCCUUGUACGUACUGUGCAUCCUCAUCCCGACCGCUUUCCACUUCUACCCUGCACGUAGCAAAACUUUUCUAGAAAAAAUGCGCUCGUGCUUGAAGUGAAAGUGGGUUUCGAACAACCAUCUCAUUUUUGUAUGAUGCUUCUUUAUUCUUGUUUCACGUUAGGAUCCUGUUUCUCAUUGUACUUACUUUCACUAGCAACCACUCAUCUUCCUAAAACUUCGUAAUCCAGGAGAAGUGUAUUCUCGGACAAUCACAGUAACAAAAGUCAAAAUCGCAAUCGUCAUCAGGAGGCGGUGAUGGUCAACGCUAGCAAAUACAGUUGUUCUCCCUCUGGGGAGAACGGAAUUGCAACUUCCCACGAAAGAUGUCGCGAGCAAACUUUGCACACUUGCUGUCGCGCAGAAUUUUG